AUGUGGCCUGUUAGGCAAAAUGUGAUUGGAGCAUAUAGUCCACGUGGAGAGAUGAGAAAUGAAGCUAGAACUAAGAUGCCAGUUGAUCCCCUAUCCCUCCGAAGUUUGGGAACCCCAAAGUCUUCUUGCCUGGUGUUGGAGCUUUCAAGUCCUUCCAGAGAGGAGUGUCCUAUGUCUCGGGGCAGAGCAGAAAUCAUGGCUGCCAGCCUCAUGGGAUUACUUCUGCUUCACACAGUGUCGUGGGUAUCAGGUGCCUGCCCCUGCAGCCCUAAAAGCUUUGGCUACAGCUCUGUGGUGUGUGUCUGCAAUGCUACAUACUGUGAUUCUCUUGACCCCUUGACCCUGCCUGACCCUGGCAACUUCAGCCGCUUUGAGAGCACACGCAGCGGGCGCCGAAUGGAGCUGAGUCUGGGGACCUUCCAGGCCAAUCGCACAGGCACAGGGUUGCUGUUGACCCUGCAGCCAGAUCAGAAGUUCCAGAAAGUGAAGGGAUUUGGAGGGGCCAUGACAGAUGCUGCUGCCCUCAACAUCCUUGCCCUGUCACCUGCUGCACGGAAUCUGCUACUCAAAUCGUACUUCUCUGAAGAAGGAAUUGAAUACAACAUCAUCCGGGUCCCCAUGGCCAGCUGUGACUUCUCCAUCCGCACCUAUACCUAUGACGACAGCCCUGAUGACUUCCAGUUGCUCAACUUCAGCCUUCCAGAGGAAGAUGUCAAGCUCAAGAUACCACUGAUUCACCAAGCUCUGGAAUUGGCCAACCGCUCUGUCUCACUCUUUGCCAGUCCCUGGACAUCACCCACUUGGCUCAAGACCAAUGGGGCCGUGAAUGGGAAGGGGACACUCAAGGGCCAGCCAGGGAAUCUCUACCACAAGACCUGGGCCAGAUACUUUGUCAAGUUCCUGGAUGCCUACGCCGAGCACAAGUUACGGUUCUGGGCAGUGACAGCCGAGAACGAGCCUACUGCAGGGCUGCUUAGCGGGUACCCCUUCCAGUGCUUGGGUUUCACUCCUGAGCACCAGCGAGACUUCAUUGCCCGUGACCUGGGUCCCAUCCUCGCCAACAGUACACACCGCGACGUCCGACUGUUCAUGCUGGAUGACCAGCGCUUGCUGUUGCCUCGCUGGGCCCAGGUGGUGCUGGCAGACCCAGAAGCAGCUAAGUAUGUUCAUGGCAUCGCUGUGCAUUGGUACCUGGACUUCCUGGCUCCAGCAAAAGCCACCCUGGGGGAGACGCACCGCCUGUUCCCCAACACCAUGCUCUUUGCCUCAGAGGCCUGUGUGGGCUCCAAGUUCUGGGAGCAGAGCGUGCGGCUGGGCUCCUGGGAUCGAGGGAUGCAGUACAGUCACAGUAUCAUCACAAACCUGCUCUACCAUGUGGUCGGCUGGACUGACUGGAACCUCGCCCUAAAUCCUGAAGGGGGACCCAACUGGGUGCGCAACUUUGUUGAUAGCCCCAUCAUUGUGGAUAUCGCCAAGGACACAUUUUACAAACAGCCUAUGUUUUACCACCUUGGCCACUUCAGCAAGUUCAUCCCUGAGGGCUCACAGAGAGUGGGGCUGGUUGCCAGUGAGAAGAGUGACUUGGACACGGUGGCACUGUUACGUCCUGACGGUGCUGCAGUUGUGGUCGUGCUGAACCGCUCCUCUAAGGAUGUGCCUCUCACCAUCAAGGAUCCCGCCGUGGGCUUCAUGGAAAUUGUCUCACCUGGCUACUCCAUUCACACCUACCUGUGGCGUCGCCAGUGA